UGAUACUAAGCAAAUGGGUAAAAUUACAUGAAAAUGAUGUAAACUAUAUAAAAUUAAUAAAUAUUGAUUAUCAAUCUCUUCUAAUAGAAGUAUUUCUCAAUGUCGUAAAUUCAAGGUUGCUAUGGUAAAUACAAGAUGGCGGAAAAUAUUAAUUUUUAUUGAGUUGUCCAGGUUAAUUUGGGAGAAAGCACGAAUUGUGCAUUGAUUUAUGGAAUUUUAACGUGUUGAUGCAUUAUUAAAAACAGCAAAAAUGAGCGACACAAGGUUGGCAGUUGCGCCAUUACCGCCUCUUUCAGCGGGGAAAAUAAGCAGAAUUUCACCAAGACUUGGUCAUAGGCUCGAAGGUUUGAGUGGACCUAUGUAUAAAUUAAAUCAAUUACACCACCCACUUCCACCACCAAAAUCAUUGAAACCAUAUGUAGAUACCCAGGCUGGGGAAAUUGACACAUGGCCAGCCCAUGCGAGUGGUCAAGGAUUUACCUCAACAUCAGCCAUGUUAUCUAAGAACAAGAGUUUGGUACUAGUUAAUGAUGAAGAAAUGGGCAAACCACAGAUGAUACCUAAACCAAGAUUCCUAGAACAGCUGGAGAAUUUUUUAAAGAAGGAAUUAAGAGCUUUAGGCGUGACUGAUUUAGCACCAAGUGAACUGAGACUACAGGCUCAUAGAGAGGUUUUUGAGUAUUUAAUUGAAGAUUUUAAAACAUACAAGCCAUUAUUGUCGACAGUAAAAAAUGAAUAUGAAAUGAUGCUAGCUCAUCAAAGGCAACAAUUGCGAGAUAUGGAACCACUCAAGCAAAUGUUAGUUACAGUCUCAGAACAGUGUGAUCAGAAAAUCAUGGUACUCAGAGAAGAGGAAAAGAAAGAGAUAACAGACCUUAAAGCACAGAAUCGAGCUCUGUUCCAACAAAUUUCUGCCAUGAAAAAUGAAGAGGGAGAUUUACAAGAACAAAUUGCCAGACUAAAAGAGAAAUUAGCUGAGGAAUAUCGUAAAUAUCGAGAUGAAUGUGAUGCACGUAAGCUUCUGAUAUCUGAUAUCAAUGAUUUAAGAUAUCAACAAGAAGAUUAUAUGAUGUCUAAACAAAAUAUGCAGGAAAUUGAAGAGGCACAAGAAGAUCCAGUCACAUUAAAAAUAGCAUUAAGGAAAGCUCGUGAAGAUGAAAAAGGAGCUACACAAAGAUUGAAUGAAAUGAUAGCUAACUAUGGUGAUGUCAUUCCAAGAAGAGAUUAUGAAGCAUUGGAAGCUAAAUUUAAAAAUAUAGAAGAACAGACCUUAAUAAAGGAAAAAGAUUUCUUACAAUUGAAAGCUGAGCACGAAGCUUUACUAGAUGUACAAAAACAAGUCACACAACAAAGAGAUGAAUUUUAUGUUGAACUAGAAACACUGAAGAGGAGUGCAACACCAAGACCAGAAUGGGAUAGAUGUGCAGAAUAUAUUAAUGGUGGUGUAAAUAAAUGGAAGGAUUUAUCUGAUGGAAAGAGAAGUGCUGAAAUGCUAGAAGUAUUACUCAAUGAAAUGGGACAAGGUGGAAUAGUAGAAUCUAACGGUGCUGAUCAUUUUGAAGGCCGGGGCACAGGAGACGAUGUCCCUAUUUAUUUAAAAUAUGAAGGUUCCGUUAGAAACAGACGCCUAGGUAAAAGGGACUGUGCACUGUUGAUUCGGGAUAUUUGGAGAGAAAAAGCAGCAAAUGAUGCAGAGAAAACUGAUGGCAUAAGAGACAAUAUGGCUGAUUUCCUACAGAACUAUCUUAAACGUAGAUUUUCUCUGGAUCAAAUGGUGACAGAAUGGGCCUACAAUCUUCAUGAUGCUUGUCAGAGAUAUACACAUGAUGAAAAUAUUGGUUUGUUUUUAAGAGUUUUAACCGGAGAGAUGGACGAAGAAGUUUAUCACCGGCAGCUACAAGUAGUACAUCAACUGAUGACUCACCUAUUAAAACAAGACAUGGAAAAUGGAAACCAGGGAACUUUAAGUAAAGAUGACUUUAAAGAGGGAUUAAAAGAAUUUUUGGUUGGAGUAGAUGAAGAUGCCCUGACAAUUUUACUUAAAGCUGCAGAAACUGAACUAGAUGCUAAUGAUACAGCUAAUUUAGAAUAUAAAAACCUUUUUACAGAGGAUGAUGAAGGGAAAACUGGUCCAUUCUUAGAAGAAAUAAGAAAAUGGUGCCGACAACAAAAGCUAGAAUUUGUGAAUGAAAUUAAAGAAAAUUUAGGGGAUGUGAGUUUAAUUCCGGUUGAAGAUUUGAAACGUGCUAUAUUACAAGCAGAUAUGGAAAUGCAUGCUGAACUACUAGAGUCUGUAUUAGCAUUUGUUUUCCAAACAACAACAGAAAAACUUUAUGAUAGCCACCCUCUUGAACCAACUAAAAUUAUUGACCGAUUACAAAAUGCAAAUAUAUAUCGUGUAGGAAGAAAACAAUAAUUGCAUUAGUAACUUUAUAUAUUACAGCGGCCUGCAAACAUGAAUUGCUAUGAUGUAUGUAUAAGAUAAAUCAUACUUUUUGCAAGAUAUUUUUAAUUGUACAUUCUAUAAAAAACAUGAAGGUUUUUAUAUCGUUGUAACACGUCAUUGUUUAAUGUAUCAUUAAUUGAUUAUGUGUUAAAUUAAGAUUCAUGAAAUAAACUGUGAUAUUUUUGUAAACUGAAAAAAAAAAGUGUUUUGCAACCACAUGGUAUUGGAGGUCCAACCGUCCAACUAUGUCUUACAUAGAAUUAUUUUAUUU